AUGAAGCCGGCGAGGAAGGCCGGAGGAGACCCCUCCCCAGCCCUGGAAGCGGCGUUCCGGCGGCUCCGCUGCCAGCGCGUCCUGGCCCGCCGCGACGGCGUUUUCCGCCCCGCCGUCCUCAAGCAGCUCCGCCGGGGCCACGAGCUCGGCGUCCAGUUCACCGGGGACCGCGGGCUGACCUUCCUGGAGGGGGGCUUCCUCGGGGACCCCCCGGCCGUGGUGUUGGACUCCACGCCCCCCGCGGGGGCUCUGGGGGUGGGCACGGCGGUCUGCGCCCGCCUGGACCCCGCCGAGACCCUCUACAGACCGGGCACGGUGGUGGAGGUGAGCGCCAAGCCGCCCUCGUACCGGGUGCGCUUCGCCCCUCCGCCCCCCGCGCCCCCCGUCUGGGUGCCCCGCUCGGGCUUGAGGCUGCUGAGACCCCCGUGGCCGCCGGGAGACCCCGGCCCGCCGGAGGAAGAGGAGGAGGAAGGCGCGCCGAGGCAACCGGAGGACGCCGAGGUCUCCAAGCUGAGCGCGGCUCCGGUGCCGCCGCCGCCGCCGCCGCCGCCGCGCCCCGCGGGGGCUCAGCCCCCCGCCGCCCCCCAAGCCGCAGGGACCCCCCAGCCCAAAUACAAGAAGGGGGACGUGGUGUGCACCCCCAACGGGAUCCGCAAGAAGUUUAACGGCAAGCAGUGGCGGCGCCUGUGCUCCCGGGACGGCUGCACCAAGGAAUCGCAGCGCCGCGGAUUCUGCUCCCGCCACCUCUCCAUGCGCACCAAGGAGCUGGAGGGGCUCCCCGAGGCUCGCCCGGGACCCCCGGCCCCUCGAGGGGGCAGCGCCGACUUCGAGUGGGGCGACGAAACCUCCCGGGAGAGCGAGGGCGACGCCCGGGCGCGGCUCGGGGGUCCGCACGGAGCGGCGGUGCCGCCCAACCCGGAUUUGUCCCGGUUCGAGUUCGACGAGUGCGAGGCCGCCGUGAUGUUGGUGUCGCUGGGGAGCUCCCGCUCGGGCACCCCGAGUUUUUCCCCGGCUUCCACCCAGUCCCCCUUCUCGCCCACCCCGUCGCCGUCGCCCUCGCCGCUUUUCGGCUUCCGCCCGGCCAAUUUCAGCCCGGUCACCGCCUCGCCCCGGGCCCGCGGGCGGCACCUGAGCGCCGGGACCCCCCGACCGGGCGAGGGGCUCAGCCCUCCNNCUCCUCCUCCUCCUCCUCCUCCUCCCCCCCCGCGACCCCGGCCGCCCUCGGGGGUCCCUCCGGGGGUCUUCCAGCCCGCCCUGACCUUCACGGUGCCGCUGAGCCCCGGCAAGCGCAAGGCGGAGCUGGCGGAGCCGCAGGACGGGGCUCCGGGGGGCUCGGGGCUGACGGCGGACCCCGGCCCCGGCGCCCGCAGGGUCCCCGCGGUUCCCCGGGGGUCUCCGGUGAUCGUUCGGAACCCCGAGGUUCCCCUCCCCGAGCCCCCCCCGCCCCCCCGGCCGCGCCCCUUGCUGCCCCCUCCCCAAAAAGCCGCUCUGGCCGCCCCGGUGCCCAUCAACGCCGGGCGGCUGCGGGCCCCGGGGCGACCCCCGGCCGCCCCCGGCGGGCCCCCCGGGACCCCCGAGCGGGGCCCCCCCGGAGCCGCCUUCGGGGGGCCCCCCCUGCACCCGGUGGCGUUUCACCCCUCGCCGGCCGCGCUGCUGCCGCUGCUCGUGCCCGGAGACUACGGGACCCCCCCGGCCCCCCGCAAGGAGAUCGUCAUGGGCAGGCCCGGAACAGUCUGGACCAACGUGGAGCCGCGCUCGGUGCCGGUGUUCCCGUGGCACUCGCUGGUGCCGUUCCUGGCCCCGAGCCAGCCGGACGCGUCCCCGCAGCCCCCGCCCCCCGAGUCGGCCGCGGUGGCCCCCGAGCCCGGGGGGCCCGGCCAGGAGCCCGGGCGAUGCGGGGGGGCCACCAGACCGCCCAGCCCCCCGCCCGCCGCGCCCCCGGCCCCGCCCCCCGCCGCCACGGCCACGCCCAGCGAGGAGGAGCCGCAGGGGGGAGGGGCGGCGCGGCCGGACAGCGAGACCGAGAGUGACCACGACGACGCGUUCCUGUCGUCCAUCGUGGCUCCGGAGCUGCCGCUGCCGCUGGGCCCCGGAAAGCGCCGGACGCAGUCGCUGAGCGCCCUGCCCAAGGACGGGGACAAGGACGGGCGCAGCCCCAGCAAGCGGGAGAAGGACCACAUCCGGCGCCCCAUGAACGCCUUCAUGAUCUUCAGCAAGCGGCACCGGGCCCUGGUGCACCAGCGGCACCCGAACCAGGACAACAGAACCGUCAGCAAGAUCCUGGGGGAGUGGUGGUACGCGCUGGGACCCCGGGAGAAACAGCAGUACCACGACCUGGCCUUCCAGGUGAGCACAG